AAGCUCGUCCAAACAGGAAGAGGAAACGCGGUAUAGUGUCAAUGAAGUGUUGUGGAUGUAGAUAUUGAUCAUUUGCUCGAUCCCCUUUUCCCGUUUUCGCCCGAAAAGCCGCUGCUGCUGUUUAGCAUUUACUCAAUGAUUUACUUAUAACGCGUUUGUGAUUGUUAGGUCGGAUAACGUUAGAAAUGAUAAAUUAAGUAAAAUCCAGUUGAUUGCUCGAUAAGUACGCUGCUAUUUGGUGGAAGCUCCUGUAUCUGUUUGUUUCCACGCUCGUGCUGUUAAAAAGCAGUUGAUACAAACUUUCGUUAGUAGAAAACUAUGAAGACGUUAUCAUCACCGUGGAAAGCUUUAACCUCCAUUUAACUUUCGCGUGUAGAAGUGUGAGGAAUUCAGAAAGCCCUCGAUCAUCGAGACCAUCGGUGUACCCAAAAGUAGGGUACAAUGGCAGACCCGGCGCAGGUGAAGGAUGAGGGAAUGGAGAAGAGGAUGGACCCGGAGGAGAUUCCCCGUUCAGGCAUCCAGGAGGCUUCAACAGACGGUACUGCAGCUCCAACGGAAUCUGCCGAUCCAUCCAAUACUGGUCAGGAGGAAGACAAAGCGGGACAGUUAAAGGACUCGGGUGCUGGAGAUGAAGGGGAGGGUUCUUCCGGUCUUCAACCCCCUGCUGCAAAGAAAUUGAAGGUGGAGCCAGAGAAAAAGAAGGAGAAGCGACAGAAGGUCGAUGAGGAUGAAAUCCAGAAGAUGCAGGUUUUAGUGUCCUCAUUCUCUGAGGAACAGCUCAAUAGGUAUGAGAUGUACAGGCGCUCAGCAUUCCCAAAAGCAGCCAUUAAAAGGCUCAUCCAGUCCAUCACUGGGUCAUCAGUUUCUCAGAACGUGGUCAUUGCCAUGUCGGGCAUCUCAAAAGUCUUCGUGGGUGAGGUUGUCGAGGAAGCUCUGGAUGUGUGUGAGAAGUGGGGAGAGACCCCUCCCUUGCAGCCCAAGCACCUGCGCGAAGCAGUGCGGAGGCUGAAGAGCAAACAUCAGAUCCCCAACACCAAGUACAAGAACAUUCUCUUCCACUGAGGGUCUGUCGCCCCGUGCACUGCCAUGAGGCAAGGUCGUGCACUUCAGCCAUGAGCUCAGCACGUGCUGUUUGGCUGGGUCAGUAUUUGGGUUCUGCAUGUAAAGAAAAAUCACCGUCAACGUGAGACUUGGGUAUGACUAUAUACUCCCAACAGAUGUGACCCUCAAAGGGUUUCAGCAGGAAAGACGAGGACUCAAGUGGUACAUGGAUGGAAAACCUAUCAGAGGCCUCUGGUCCAUGUAUAAUUUUUAUUUUUUUGAGUGGUUCUGGCAUAGUCUAAGUAAGCAGGUUUUUAAUCAUUGUUUUACUUUGGAAAACAACAGAAAUCAUGUGUUGAGUUUUUAUGUUCGAUGUGUCUGUUUUGCACUCAUAUUUUGUUGUUACAGUUGCAUUGUGGGAUAUUGAUUUUAUGUAAUUAAAAACUCACCUCCUUG